UACUACAAGUGAUGCAGCUGCUGCUGCUCUGACUGCUGUUGCUGCUGCAGAAGAUACUAUUACUAUUAUAUUUAGAAACACCAGUAAUAGUUAUAAAAAAGAAUUUUAAUUCUCCAACUAAUUUGCUCCAAAAAAGCAAAAUGAAUCGGAAAAUUUAAACAAGAAGAAUGAUAGGAGGAAUAAAAGCAAGAAUAUGUAAGAAUAUAUAAGGAGAUCUUGAGAGUGAAGAAUAAAAGCAAGAAUAUAUAAGAAUAUAUAAGAAGAUCGUGAGAGAGAACAGCAUAAGGAUGACAGUGUUACCAAUACUAUAUGUGAUAUAUACUUACGUCCUCACAACAGGUGCGUCCAUCAUCACCUCAGAUCACACGGAGGUGGUGAUGGAACUUCCUGACAACGAGAUAGUCACCCUGAUGGCGUGUACCUCGGACGCCAACACUUGGUUUACUAUAAAGGGAAAAGGCACCAGUCCAGACACCCAAGUUAUCACUCAAGAAGUUAUAGAAGAAAAAAACAAACUUCACCUCAUCUUUACGCACACUUCUGUCACUAUGAUCUACGUUGGAGUACUGUGUCUGGACUUCGACCUGGGGUCACCUUACAAUCCCAUCCUACCUCCGACAUGUUCAAUACAGGAAUUAUUGGAAACUGAAGCAGUAGAUAACGUCUUCAAGAAUUCCUCCGGCUCCUCUAACGUCUUUAACAUCUACCCAAGAGAAAUUUCUCCCUCCCCGAGCCUCCCAGAAGCCACUGAGGUUCCCGAGUGUACUCCUGAAUGCAUAGAUGCCACUAGCAAUGCUCCAGGGUUCCUUGACGGCGAGGUUAUUAAGCCAGGAGCAGCAUACCUGGCGACGUGUACCCAGACAAUGAGAGGUCCCUGUCGGUGUCCAACGCAGGUAGCGCUGGUGGCCCUGUGUGUAGUGUUUGGUCUUAUCUCGCUCCUCCUCACUAUCUGUAUGUGCUGCAGAAGGACUCACCAAAAACUGUAUCCAGGCUCGCCAGAAGCUGAAUAUUCCCUCGACGUGGUGACUGUCCCACUUUCUGAACAAGAAAAUAUCUCCUUCGGACGAAAGGGAAAGAAACGCCAGAAGAGAGACUUCCCUCAGAAGGAAUAAUAAGGCAGUUUGACGAAAUGUAUUAGACGACUUUUCGCUCUGUAUAGACCUUUCCCUCCACUUCUCUCUCUCUCUCUCUCUGUCUCUCUCUCUCUCUCUCUCUCUCUCUCUCUCUCUCUCUCUCUCUCUCUCUCUCUC